AUGGGCUGCAUCAUUCAUUUUCUACUAUUCUUAUUACCAUUAUUAGUUGGUAGUAAUAUAUGCAAUAAUCGAAUUCAUCUUAAUAAACAACAAGAUAAAUCUUCAAUUUAUUGUUCAUCAUGUUCAACAUAUUUGGAUGGAAAAAAAUCAACUUCUAUUAUACAAUUAGAAUUACCAUCAUUAACACAAAUAACUGGUAUAAUUGUUCGAAAUUCUAAUCAAUAUCAAGAAAAUAAUUCGAAAAUAGAUUCAUAUUUUAUUGAAUAUCGACGAACACAAGAUGGUCCUUGGCAUUCUUAUGGAAAACGUCGACAGCGAAAAUUGAUUAUCGAACGACGUCGUUUAUUUUUUAAUGAUCUUGAUCAUUCAAAUAAAACACGUACAUUUCUUCCAUCGAUUAUUGCGCGACAAAUUCGAAUUAUUUUCGGAACAUCAUCCGUAUCAAUAUGUACAAUCAUUCAAGUCUAUGGUUGCCAAUCUCAAAAUGGUCUCAUAUCAACACGUUUUCCUCAACGAUCAAUUAUUAAUACUGAUUUGAAAUAUGAUGGAUUAAUUGUAAAUUCAACUGCUCGAGGUGGUUUAGGUAUGUUAACUGAUGGUGAUAUAAAUCAAUUUAUUCAUUGGUCUCCAUCAUCAGAACCAAUAUUACUUCUAUUUGCAUUUGAUAAAAUAAAAGAAUUUCAAUCAAUUAAUCUUGAUAUAAAAUGUUCUUUAUGGUUAUCAUCAAGUUGUACAUUAAAAAUAAAUGUUGGUAUAUUAGAAAUUGUUACAUCAAAUCAUCUUUGGACAAAUCGUUUUCAUACAAUAUCAAUACAAAAUAAUCUAUAUUAUAAUAAUCAUACAACAAUAACACAUCUUAUAUUAUCUAUACCGAAAACAAAAGGUCAAUUUGUAAUUAUACAAAUAAAUACAAAAGAAAGUUUAGCAAUUAGUGAAAUAACAUUUAAUAAUCAAAAUGAAUAUGAUGAACAAGAUAUAAUACCAUCAUCAAUUUAUAUUGAAACUAAUCUACAUCGAUUAGAAUUCUUAGCAUUGAAUUCUAUAUCAAAUGAUAUAAUACUUCAUCAUAAAUUAUCAUAUUUAUUAAUAUUUAUGUUAAUCAUUUGUGUUCUACUUCUAAUGUUUUUACUUAUUUCAUUUAUGUUUAAAGAAAAAAAAAUUAAUCAUAUACAAAUUAUACCUGAAGAAAGUUUAACAAUGUCAAUAACAAAUACAACAAAUGACGAAAAUAUUCAAGAUCGUUCACAAUCAGAUCUCUAUUUUAAUCUUGAAAAUAAUGAUGAUGAUGAAUUAAAUUUAAAUUCUUUACGACCUAUUAAUUCACAAAAAAUUGUUAAUGAAAGUGCUAAAGCAACUAUACGUACAUUGCCUUCACAUCGACGAUCAAUGACACCAAGACGUUCUGUACCGAAUAUUCAUUCUGUUUGUGAUCAUUUACCUGAAAUUGAUCGUGGUGAAAUAAUAAUCAUUCAAAAUCUUGGUGCUCAAAAUAAUCAUCAAUGUUUUUAUAGUGAAUAUGGUCAAAAUAAAUUAUCUGUUAUUCUAUAUGAACGAGAUAAUAAUGAAUUUUUUAAUUUAUCAAAAUUAAUAGAUCAUAAAAAUGUUAUUUCUUGUCUUGGCUAUGUUUAUAUAUCACCUGAACGAUGUCUUCUAGUCAGUGAAUAUAGUCAAGUAAAUUUAUUUGAAUAUUGUCAAAAAAUGUCGAUUGAAAAUGAAAAUACUUUAACAAUUCUUAUGGAAUUUCUCAAUGAUAUUCUAUCAGCUUUAAUUCAUCUUGAAUCAUUAAAUAUAAUUGUACGUGAUUUAACAUUACCUAAUUGUCUUUUAUUUGAUAAUAAAACAAUAAAAUUAUCUGAUUAUGCUAAAUAUGAUGAUCGUUAUGUAUCAAGAUAUGUUCAACAAAUGCCUAUUCGAUGGUUACCUGGUGAUAUUGUUACAGGAGAUGAAAUUUGGUCUAUUCAAACAAAUACAUUUAUGUUUGGUACUCUUGUUUUUGAAUUAUUUCAUUUGGGCUCAUGUAUUCCCUAUAGUAAUUUAAAUAAUGAUGAAGUUUUACAAUUUUUUCAUGAUUUAUGGCCUAAUUCAAAACAAAAUGGUAUUGAACCAUCUGUUCUAUGUUUUUCAACAUAUUUUCCACGUCCAACAUUAUGUAAUGAUCGUCUUUAUGCAUUUAUUGAACGUUGUCUUUCAUGGUCAAGUCUAGACCGACCAUCAUUUCGAGAAAUAAGUCUCUAUUUAAACGAGACAACAACAACAACAACGACUGUGCUACCUCAGUGA